AUGAUUAACAGAGAGGAGACAGCUCCCUUCCUUCUCCGUGUGUUCUGUUCCUCUCACAGACACAAUAAGAUUCAAGAAUAUUCAAGAGGUAAGGUAUAGAGUAUUGAAUGUGAUGAAAUAAAAAGAAAAUCCUUGAACACUGAACACUAACUGACUGCAGUGCUAGGGGAGGGAUAGGGGUCAAUAUUGCUCUCGGUGGGGUCAGGUUCAGUAAGGAUUUGAUGUUGAAGGAAAUGGAAAAUUCUGAAAAGCUAUUAUUUUCUAAUUCAACCAGGAAACACUCCUGAGAACGAGGUUCAAAUCUAUACUUGGCUAGAUGCUUCCCUCAAGGAGUUAACCGGACUCAUCAAGGAGGUCAAUCCAGAGGCCAGGAGGAAAGGGACUUUGUUUGAGUUUGCUCUGGUGUACCCUGAUCUAAGAAUGGGAAACUACCUAUCCAGAGAUAUCGGUCAGACAAGUGCAGGAAACAAGGGAAACGAUGAUUCAAAGACACUUGGCGAUUCUAAAUUCUCAAUCGGCGAUUUUCUAGAUGUAGCGAUAUCACCGCCCAACCGCCGUACCGACAGGAUGGACUACGGGAGACGAGGAGGGUUCGGAGAGAGGAGAAGUUUUGGCAGCCGUCGCGACGAACAUGAUAUGCGUGAUCGUCUUGAUCGCGGUGGAGAUCGUAUGGAUCGUGGUGCUCGCUCAGAUCGAGAUCGCGAGGAUCGCGGUCGCGAACGCGGAGACAAGGGUCGUGAAGAACGACGGGAUCGUGAUAGGGUUAGGGAUCGGUCCCAAUAAUCCCUAAUCAUCCCCUGAAAGCCACAAGAUCAGAAUCCAACCGAUGUAAAUUCCAUCUCAAUGUUUUUUGUCAAUUUUUCUCUGUGGUAAAAAAUGCACGAUAAAAUACAUUUUGUUUUGACGUUUGAAAUUUUUCAAAUAAACAUAAAUCUGUUCACUUU